GGUGGAUUGAGAGGGGCUUUUUGAUAUUUCUGUUUUACAGCACCAGUGCUGUAGAGGCUUCCAAUGGAAAGGCUAAUAUUUUUGAUGAGCUUUUGUUCGCUAUUAUCCAACACACUGCAAGCACCAUCAUUUCUUAUUACUGCCCCAAAUGUGGUGCACUUGGGCAUACCUGAGACAGUAACAGUUCAAGUUCACGGAGCCCAGAGCCCUGUCGAAGUUACAGCAUACUUCAAAGAUGAGACAAAAAACAAGCUCCUAUCAGCAAGGACCAUCUUUAACCUUAACCACGGGAACAACUACCAGCAGAUCAAAAAAAUAACGAUCAAUCCGGAAAAUGCGAAUACUGAUAUGUUCAAGAGGACAAGGCUGCCCUAUGUUCUGCUGGUCACCGAAAGCAGGCACCUUUUCAGGGAGGCCGUUCAAACUAUUCGCAUCCUCCUGUCUUCCAAGAAAGGCUACAUUUUUAUUCAGACAGAUAAACCUAUAUACACGCCAACUUCCAAAGUAAAAUACAGGGUCUUCGUUUUGGACAAUGCUAUGAGGCCAAUAACUGACUCCAUUCAAGUUGCUGUGGUAAACUCAAAAGGAAUGGUGGUUCAAAAGUCUGAACGGAGAGUAAAAACAGUGCUUAACGAACGUUUUGAAAUACCUGAUAUUGCUGAACCUGGAACCUGGAAAAUCACGGCCCGGUUUCAAGAUUAUGAAAUGUCAAAUGCUUCAGCUGAAUUUGAAGUUAAAAAAUAUGAGCUACCAUCUUUUGAUGUCAAACUCAUCCCACUCCAGCCAUACUACCACAUUUGGAACCAAAGCUUUGUCUUUGAUAUUGAGGCAAAACACUCUUAUGGAAAAGGGAUUGACGGUAUUGCAUAUGUGCGAUUUGGCAUAGUGGAUGAAACUGAGAAAAAAAUCUUUCUUACAGGCCUGGAACAGCAGCUCUCAAUCCAAAAAGGAAAAGGACGAGUGACUUUAAGUACGCCCAUUCUGGAAGAGAAAUUAAAAAAGAAUAUUUCCGCUCUCGAAGGGUUUCGUUUAUAUAUCGCUGUUACAACUGUAGAAACUGCAAGUGGUGAGAUCAGGGAGGAAGAACUCAGUAAUGUGAAGUUUGUGAAAUCUCCUUACAUUGUUGAUCUGUCCAACACCAAAAAAUAUUUUGUGCCUGGAGCCCCCUUCUCUGUUUUGGCAUCCGUCACUCUGACUGAUGGGUCUCCUGCUGCCUCUCUGCCUGUCACUGCUACUGUUACCUCAUCUGGAACCUCCCCAAUGAAAAAUACCGCACUUUCUAAUAAAGAGGGUCUGGUUCCCUUCACAUUCAACAUCCCUGGAGAUGCACAGAUGCUUCAAAUAAAGGUAAAGGCUGAAGAGGGAAAAGAAAAAUUAGAAUCACCUGAAGCCAGCAUCCGAGCUGAAAGAUACAGGUCUGAUACUCGCAACUACCUCAGCAUCAGUGUCCCACAUACAGUCUUGGCACCUGGAGAUACUUUACGUGUUUCCCUGAAUGCUGUUCAUCCGUCUGGCAGUGGAAAGAUUGACUAUUUCUAUUAUAUGGUAAAUAGGUUAGCAUUUUUAUUAAUGGUUCUGCUAAGUGAAAAAACACCGCGGUUAUUUCAACCAAAACUACAGAAGCGUCUACAUCAGGUUAAAGUGAGAACAGAACGUGAGAGAUAUGAACCAACAGACAACAUCAAUUUACUGAUUGAAACAGACCAUGAAGGAAUAGUUGCCUUAGCCGUGGUUGACAAAGCAGUUUUUAUUCUGAACAAGCGAAAUAAGCUUACAUCCAGAAAAGUCUUUAAUGCCAUGAAUUCCUACGAUCUUGGGUGUUCUGCGGGUGGUGGUGCAGAUAGUGCUCAAGUUUUUACUGAUGUUGGUCUUGCCUACUUAUCAGACACAAUUAAAUCCAGUCUGCGGGAUGGCUAUAAAUGCCCCCAGAAUACCAGAAGGCAGAAGAGAUCACUGGAUUUCCAGAAGAUAACUUCAGGAAUUUAUAACAAAUAUGAAGACCCUGCUCUACGAAAAUGUUGCCGCGAUGGAAUGAGAUUAAAUCCCAUGAAGUUUACUUGUGAUAAAAGGCUAACGAGAAUUGCUGGUUCUGCUGAAUGCCAAAAGGCUUUCAAGUUCUGUUGUGAGAAGGCUACAGAACUCAGGAAGGAGCUGGUGGCGCGAAGAACUCGAGUUGGAUUGGCACGAAAUUUUGAUCUUCAUGAAGAUGAAGUGUUUGAUGAAACUUCCAUUAUCUUGCGUAGUUAUUUUCCAGAGAGCUGGUGGUGGAAUUUAAAAGAAUUGAAACAUCCUGGGAACCAUAGCAUAAGAAGUGUUGUUCCUGACUCUAUAACUACUUGGGAAAUUCAGGCAAUAAGUAUAUCUCCUCAAAAAGGUUUUUGUAUAGCUGACCCUCACACUUUUGAGGUUUUCAAAGACUUUUUUAUAUCCCUGAGAUUACCAUACUCGGUUAAAAGACAUGAACAACUAGAAAUAAAAGCAGUGAUUUACAACUAUCUGCCUGAAGAUCUCCAGGUCACAGUGAAGAUGGCUGCAGAGAAGGGGCUGUGCACGGCAGAGACAACAGAAAAGUCUGUACAGCUGAAGCUGACGGUUGUAGGGAACUCGGCUACACCGGCCUAUUUCUCAGUUGUUCCUCUGACUGUGGGAGAAAUUCCAAUUACCAUCACUGCUUUUGACCCAAUUUCUGGGCACAGUGAUAGCAUUAGGAAGAUCCUCAAUGUUGUGGCUGAAGGUGUUUUACAGAGAGAAGAGCAGACCAUUUGCAUUAAUAAUGACUUUAAAUCCCAUACUCUGGACCUGAAAAAACCAGCUAAUAUGGUACCAGAUUCUGACAGUCAUGUAUUUAUUAGCCUGAAAGGGGGUAUUAUGGGUGACUCCACGGAGAAUUGUCUUACUGCUGAUGGAAUUGAUAAGCUUAUCCAGUUGCCAAAAGGCUGUGCAGAGCAAACAAUGAUGAAAAUGGCCCCUACAGUCUUCGCUAUUGAGUACUUGGAUGUAAGUGGCCAGUGGGUGAACCUUAAUCCUGAACGGAAGGAUGAAGCCAUUAGGAUGAUUGAACAAGGUUAUACUAGGGUGCUUGAGUUUCAAAAAGAUGAUGGUUCCUAUGGAGCAUUUAAAUCAAUCCCCAGCAGUGUGUGGUUAACUGCAUUCAUUGUUAGAGUAUUCGCAAGAUGCAGAGAAUACAUUAGUGUGGAAGACAGUCACAUGCGCAAAUCUAUUACCUACUUGCUUAAUAAUCAACAGGCAGAUGAUUCAUUUCACGAUCCUCACCCAGUACUUGACAGGAAUAUGCAGGGUGGCAUUAAGACAGCAGAAGAGGAUCUGGCUUUGACAGCCUUCGUAAUCAUUGCAUUGCAACAGUCUGUACCUGUUUACGAUGAGCCAGCGGCUGUGAUGGACGUGAUUACAAAAUCUGUGGCUUACAUGAAAAACCAUCUUUCAAGAAACCUGAAUUUCUAUUCUACAGCCAUCACUGCUUAUGCUCUGACACUUGUUCAGUCCGAUAGUGAGGAAGCCAGAUGGGCUACAGAAAAAUUAAGAGGGUGUUCUUCUUUUGAUGAAGAAAAGCAGCAACGCUACUGGGGAAAUGGCAGAGACACAAUCUCAGUGGAAGCCACUGCCUAUGCAUUGCUUCAAACAUUGCUUCUGAGGGACAUGGACUAUGCGAGGCCUAUUGCUACGUGGCUGACGGAAAGGAGGAACUACGGUGGAGGAUUCUGCUCCACACAGGACACAGUGGUAGCCCUGGAGGCUCUGUCAGCAUAUAGCAUACAAACAUUGGAAACUUCUUCAACCAGCCUGAAUGUUAGAGUAGAAACACCUGGAAGGCAAAAACGUUACCUGAUUGCUUUGACUGAUAGGGAUGAAGAGAUUCAGAAGGAGUUAGAGUUUGAUCUUGGGGGCCAACUUCAUGUGUCUGUGGAAGGGAGAGGAAAUGGGACUAUGAGCAUAUUAAAAAUGUACCAGUCUUCUGAGCUGAAGGAAAGCAAAUGCGAUGAUUUGAUUUUGACAGUAGAAAUGGAAGGAGUCGUCAAAUAUGCUGAUGCUGAAUAUGAAAACUAUGAUUAUGAGGAAUUCUCUGUUAAAGAACACAGCCCGGAUGAGCCACUGCUUGAUAUAGAGUGGUUUGAUAUCCACAGCAGAAGGAAAAGGGAUGUGGUCUCUUCCAAGAAAACAGAGUCCCUACGCUACAAAGUCUGUGUCAGGUCUGCAAGUGCCAAUGUGCCAAAGAUGUCUCUUGUUGAUCUCUCUCUAUUAAGUGGCUUGGAGCCUGACACACAGGAUCUUGAACAGUUGGUAACGUCUUCAGACAAAUAUAUUCAGCACUUUGAGCACAAGGAAGGAAAGGUUUUGCUUUAUUUUGGAGAGAUCACAACCGGACCAGAACCUGACUGCAUAGCAUUUGAAGCAAAGCAAAUCAAUCCCAUGGGCCUUGUUCAGCCAGCAAAUGCCAUCCUUUAUGAUUUUUACAGUCCUGAAAGGAAGUGCAGCGUAUUCUAUAGUGCACCCCAGCACAGUGCAAUGCUUUCAAAGAUGUGCAACGCAGAUGUUUGCCAGUGUGCAGAAGGUCCCUGUCCAAGACAAAGAUCGACUUUCAGUAAAGGUGUAACAACAAGCGCACGUGUGAACUUUGUGUGCUACAACCCUACUGUGGAUUAUGUGUAUGAAGUAGAGCUCCUCAAUAGCACACAAAAGAAUGUUUUUGAUUACUAUGAGGCCAGAAUCCAGAGAAUCCUUAAAGCCACUGCUGAUGAAAGAAUCUACGUGGGUGCCCAACGGCAGUUUCUAAAGCGCUCCUCUUGCAAUUUAAAAAUGGAAACGGGCAAACGGUACCUCCUGAUGGGAAAGGAUGGACAAACAGUUGACUACAACAACAGGCUCCAAUACUUCCUCGAUUCACAAACCUGGGUGGAGAAAAUUCCAGGAAACAACAUGUGCCAAGCAACCCUUCAGCGGCAAGCCUGCAUCCAGCUGCAGGACUUCAUAAACAGGCAUGACUCCCUGUGCCACUUCUGA